AUGUUGUCCUUGAACAUUCCGUCAUACUCAAAGCCUUCGGGCUACCAGGUUUCUGAAUUGCCUAAACCGGAGAUCAGCGAUCCAAAAGAUGUGAUCAUCAAGGUUCACGCGGCGAGCAUCAAUCCAAUCGACGUGAAGAAGGCUGACGGGAUGUUGAAGCUGGCGUUAAAAGACACCUUUCCAUAUAAGAUCGGCUAUGACUGUGCCGGUAUAGUCACAGAGAUUGGAUCAGAUGUGAACAAGUUUCAAGUCGGAGAUGAAGUCUAUACUAGACUACCGGAGAUUUCUCGAGGGUCUUGCAGUGAAUUUGUCCUAUGUACAGAGAAAUACAUUGCCCUGAAGCCCCCGUCAUUGUCGUUCGAGGAUGCAGCUUCCAUCCCUCUGGCAGCAAUGACUGCACUUCAAGCACUCAGAAAAUACAAAGGGGAUCUAGCUGGAAAGACUGUCUUUGUGCCCGCUGGCCUGAGUGGAACAGGUUUAUUUGCAUGCCAAUUGGCAAAGAAUGUCUUCCAUGCAGGCAAGGUCAUCACCACAGUCUCGACUUCAAAGGUGGAAAAAGUCAAGGAGCUCCUGGGCGAAGGAACGGUCGAUGAGAUAAUUGACUACACAAAAUCCGACCCAAGGAAGGUCAUUGAGUCUCGCUCGGUGGACUUCCUCUUCGACACAGUUGGUUCUGCAAUGGAGUAUCUCUGCCUCAUGAAACCACAAUCUGGAUGUAUCGUGUCGGUUGCGACCAUGCCAUCAGGCAACCAGCUCCAGGAAUCUUCAAUUAUGGAUCUUCCCCAAAAUCGUGGCAUUCCGAUCGCUCUACGAAUGGGACUCAAUGCUUUCGAUUGUGUCCGUAAACUAAGGGCAUGGCGGUAUGGUGUUGAGUAUUCCUAUAUGUUUCUGGAAUCGAGCGGUCAAGAUCUGGACAAAUUGAGAAGUCAUGUUGAAGAACACAGAUUGCGAACGGUGGUUGGAAACACUGUUGAGCUUUCCGACAUUGAAGCGGUGCGAUCUGCGUGUCAAAUUGUUUACAGUGGGAAGGGAGGUCUCGGGAAGGUGGUUGUCAAAGUUGCCCAUUCGUAG